UCGUUGUGCUUCAUACUUGGUUUCUUCUACCAUAAUAUCCUUCUCUAUAACUAUUUCUCAGUUCCUUUUUAGAAUUCUCCAAAUGAACAAUACUUGGAUUUUUCUCUUCCUGGUUCUUCUUCCCUGUAUGGUUUUAGGUGACUGUACAUGUGAAGCAGAGGAUGAAGCCGGUGGUGACGAGAGUUUGGCAUUGAAAUACAAAAUAGCAGCUCUUGUUUCGAUUCUUGUUGCAAGUGCAAUCGGUGUUAGCAUUCCAAUGCUUAACAAAACAUUCUCGGCCUUGCGUCCCGAAAAGGACUUGUUCUUCAUGAUAAAGGCCUUUGCAGCUGGAGUCAUAUUAUCAACUGGUUUCAUCCAUGUGUUGCCUGAUGCUUUUGAAAAGUUAACAUCUCCUUGUCUCAGUGACCAUCCAUGGGGAGAUUUUCCAUUCACCGGAUUUGUGGCAAUGUUAUCCGCUAUUGGAACCCUCAUGAUUGAUUCUCUUGCAACCGCAUAUUUUAACAAGUCUCACUUUAACGACAAGGAUCAAGUCAUUGACGAAGAAAAGAUGGAGGAGAUACAUGGUGAUCAUUUGCAUGUUCAUACCCAUGCAACUCAUGGCCAUGCUCAUGGUUCCAUUCCUUCUUCUGCUUCAACAGACCUCCUUCGCCAUCGUGUUAUUUCUCAGGUGUUGGAGAUGGGGAUUGUGGUGCAUUCUGUGAUAAUAGGGAUAUCUCUGGGUGCAUCUGUGAGUCCUAAGACGAUAAGGCCUCUUAUUGCUGCUUUAACUUUCCAUCAAUUUUUUGAAGGAAUGGGGCUUGGUGGUUGCAUCUCACAGGCAAAGUUCAAGACCAAAGCAAUUAUAAUCAUGGCAUUAUUUUUUUCAUUGACAACACCUGUGGGAAUUGCAAUCGGUAUAUGGAUUAGUAAGGGUUACGACGAGAACAGCCCAAGAGCUCUCAUUGUGGAAGGGAUUCUUAAUGCAGCAUCAUCUGGGAUCUUAAUUUACAUGGCUCUUGUGGAUCUCCUUGCAGCUGAUUUUAUGAAUCCAAGAAUCCAAGGAAGUGGUAGGCUUCAAAUUGGAGCUAAUGUAUCUCUCCUUCUUGGGGCUGGUUGUAUGUCACUUCUAGCUAAAUGGGCCUAAAGCAGUGAAGCUUACUCUUGUAUAUAGCUUUCUUUCCAUCGCUCCUCCUUUUUUCUAUCUUAAUCCUUUUGGGAAAAUGUCAAUUGAGAAUAAGUACUUGCAAUAUUUUUUUUUGUCUUAGAAGUUUUUAUUUUGGUUAUUACUAAUUAAGUUUAUAUAUGGGUGUUU